GUCCAGGAUACACAGGCAUAGUGCUUUGAUGAGUUUGUGAUUAGUUAGAGGACUCGAACCUUAAUUAACAAAUCUAAAGGCUGUCAUGUCCGGGAUAGCUAGUCCAUACAUGUGAAAUGAAAACCGGUCAUUACUAUUCAAUUAUCUUACAGAUGAAUUGUUACCGAAGUGAAAGGAUUUAUAAAAUUUUAAAUACUACUUUUAGAAAAGGCAACAAAAGUCAUGUGUGCUGCACAGGCAGCACAGGCAUAUGACGAAACAUUGGAUCGUUCAUCCCUACAUUACGCAGCCAGUCGGGGUCAACUCCUUGUAUUACAUGCACUGCUCACACGUGGAGAUUGCGUGAACACGCUCACUAUUGAUGGGAUUACUCCACUCCAUGAUGCUUGCAGUACGGGACAUGUGUACUGUGCACGCAAACUUAUUUCUUCUGGUGCCUGGAUCAACCCCCAAGAGUACCAUGAAGGUAGAACACCACUGUUUGAAGCCAGCAUGAAUGGACAUAUAGAGUGUGUAAAGGUUCUUCUAGAAUCAGGAGGUCAAACCAAUCCGCAACAGGCCAAUUCUACACCUUUACAUGAAGCAGCCAUGCAUG